GGCGGGCCGAGGCAGACCAGCUGGACACACUGAGAGACGGGACUCUGGAUGAGGAGCGGCCAGACUUAAGGCUUAAGAAGCACAAGGAGGACAGACGUCUCCCUGAACCGAAGGUCAACUCACCGCCACUUCUCGUAUUCCAGGGUCACAUAUAAUGCGCUUGGCUUAAGAAAAGAAAUCACCGGCAAAAGACAUGAGUUUAGGGGCAGCGUGCAUCUUCUUGCGAGGAGGGAAAACUAUUACAAGAGAACUGGCUGAUGAUGAGAUUGAUGAGCUGCGUGAAGCGUUCAAUGAGUUUGAUAAAGACAAGGACGGGCUGAUCAGCUGCAAGGACCUGGGGAACCUGAUGAGGACGAUGGGCUACAUGCCCACGGAGAUGGAGCUCAUCGAGCUGAGCCAAAAUAUCAACAUGAACCUCGGGGGCAAAGUGGACUUUGAGGACUUCGUGGAGCUGAUGGCCCCGAAGCUUCUGGCCGAAACGGCCGGGAUGAUCGGCAUGAAGGAGCUCAAGAACGCCUUCAAGGAGUUCGACAUGGACGGAGACGGAGUGAUCACCACCGAGGAGCUGCGGUCGGCCAUGAGCAAGCUGAUGGGCGAGCACAUGAGCCGCAGCGAGAUAGACGCCAUCGUCAAGGAAGCCGACGACAACGGCGACGGCACGGUGGACUUUGAAGAGUUCGUCAGAAUGAUGUCCAACAAGUGACGGGUUGAGGAGGCUGUCAAUCUAGAAGACUGAAUGUUAAUCGUUGUUGAUCUCAGAGAGAAUUUUCCUUUUAUGCAAAGAUUGGUUGAAAAAGUCUAUGAAUAUGAGUUUGAUGGCAUUUAUUUCACAUACAAAAGUCAUUUUUUUUGUUGAAUUACAUUUUUAAAUUAUUCUAUUUUUGUGUUUGUGUUUAUGUUAUCAAGCAAAAAUGAAAUGUAAAGUUAUCAAGCAUUUACUCAAAUGUACCUGUACAGUAUUUAGGCUGGGCUUGUUGCAAUGUGUUUGUUUUAACUAAUUUAUUUCUGAGUUGAAUCCCGGGAACAGGUAUUUUCCGGAUAUCUAAAUAAAACACUGAA